AAGGUAUGUUUUGAAGCAUAGUUAGACAAAAACACACAUUACUUGAAAACGGUUUGUAUAGCGACUGUUUUAAGAUGGCGGACUCGAACGAGAAAUUGUUAGUCGAAUUACUUAAAAAGCCUGGAAAUAAUGUGUGCGCGGAUUGUGGAGCCAAGAACCCAGAAUGGGCUUCUUACAAUAUAGGAAUAUUUGUCUGCACAAGGUGUGCCGGAGUGCAUAGGUCUAUGGGCGCACAUAUUUCCAAAGUGAAACAUCUCAAACUAGACAGAUGGGAGGACUCUCAAGUAAAUAGAAUACGUGAAGUAGGUAAUAUAACUGCAAGAUUACAUUACGAAGAGCGUGUACCACCUUGUUACCGUAGACCAAAUUCAGAUGCUCCUCAAGUUUUAAUAGAGCAAUGGAUAAGAGCUAAAUAUGAAAGGGAAGAAUUUUGUCACCCAGAAAGACAGAAUUAUGUAUCGGGAUUUAUGGAAGGAUUUUUAAUGAAGCGUGGAAAAGAAGACUCACGAUAUCAUCCUCGUAAAUUUGUUCUUUGUGAAGCUGAGGAUACUUUGAAGUAUCACGUUAAAGAAAAUAAGGAACCAAAAGCUAUACUUAGGAUAUCAGAAUUAAAUGUAGCCUUUGCUCCGUCUAAAACUAAUAAUCAAAAUAGUCUUCAAAUAUCUUUUAUGAAAGAUGGCACUACAAGACAUAUCUAUGUGUAUCAUGAAGAUCCAGAAGUAAUUACAAAUUGGUAUUUAGCUAUAAGAUGUGCAAAAUUACAUCGUUUACAAGUUGCAUAUCCUGGUGCAACAGAGGCUGAAUUAUUAUCACAACUUACAAGAGAUUUUCCACGGGAAGGAUUCCUGUGGAAAACAGGUCCUAGACACAGUGAUGCUUAUAAAAAGAGAUGGUUUACAUUAGAUGGAAGGAAACUUAUGUAUCAUGAUGAUCCUAUGGAUGCACAUCCAAAAGGUGAAAUUUUCUUGGGUCACAGUUCAGAAGGUUUUGCAGUUAAAACAGGAGUACCACCAGGUGCUAGAAAUCAAGGUUUCUCUUUUACUCUUGAAACACCUGAUAGAAGUUAUCUCUUGUCUGCUCAAAAUGAUGAUGACAGAACACAAUGGAUGAAUGUAAUACAGAAAGUAAUAGAUAAACCACUUACUCCACAAGAUGCAACUGUAGCAGCACGUCUUGUAAGAAAACGCACAGCAAGUGGAACAAUGAAUAUAUUUUCUUCUGCAAGGUAGGGCUGGAUCCCUCUUAGGCACCUUUCCUAAAUAUUAUCAUAUAUUAAUUAGACAAACCAAUUGAAUGAUUAAAAUAAUAAAACUACGUUUAGAAAAUCUGUUUCUCGAUAUGCCUAGCAAAUCAUAACAUUUUGUAGCUACAUAUUAUCGUUGAAUCACUUAUAUUUAUAUAUCAUUGCACGCUACGUUGCUUAUACAUCAUAUACAUAAGACUGGUCAAUGGAAUUUAAUGCAAAUAUAGUAUAGGAACAAUUUUUUCUUUAAAACGAAUUUUUAACUGACAAUAUUUGUGAUGUGCUGUCAAAAGGAACAGGCAGUAUUAUAAAUAUAUAGUAAAAAAGCUUUUACUUGGCAAUAGUAUCUUUGUGAUAUUCCAUUCAUUAUAUUUACCAGAAAAAAACGUAUAAAUGUAUCAAUAUAUAUAUUAUUUAUAUUUUGGUAUAAAUGCUUUAGACGAAUAAAUUACUCUAAAUAACAUUUGUUUCUUCUGAAUAUAAUUAAAAAAAAUAUAU